AUGAACAACGGGAUCUGUGUGUGUGCGUUUCUGACUGUUCUGUCCUUGGGCUGCCUUGGUCGGCUCAGCAGUGGGACUGAUGUGGCCCCCCCCAGCAGUGAGCUGCAGCAGAGUGCACCCAUGCACCAGAGGCAGAUUCGACAAGCUUACUUCACUGGUCAGGUAAAACCAGUCCAGAGCAGUGAGCAAAGAGCCAGCUUGGGAACCUUGCUCACAAGAUACCUUGAGAGAGUCAGGACUGGUUCUCUGGGAGGCCUGCAGAACCUGGAUCCAUCCCACAGAAUAACUGAUAGGGAUUACAUGGGAUGGAUGGAUUUUGGUCGACGCAGUGCUGAAGAAUAUGAAUAUUCAUCAUAAAAUAUAACUAUAACCCAAACAUGUUUCAAAUUCUGUACAGAAGAUUUAAUUUGUGUCUUGAAAAUUAAUGUUUAAAAUUCUAUUUAUUAUGGUAACUAUUGUGAAUUUGUUUGUAAGAUUGUAUGAUGCAAUUAUACAUAGGAUUUUGCAGAAUUGUCUUUAGUUCUGACCAGUUUCUUAUGAACACUAAUGAUACAAGGCUCAAAUCAUUCGAACCUUCAUCUGUCAAUGUUUAGUACGUCUCAAUAAAAGAAG